CAGUGGCAAUGUGGACGUCGCAUUACCUCGCCCCGCACAUGUGCCGAUUGCGCUGACAUUUACGUAGUGAGCCUCGUGCCGCCGCAUAGACGAGCGUCUGUACACGCCUUUAAAUACAAAUUCGAAAUUCGAACGCAAAUUAUUUUUUUUCGCGACACAGUUAAGGUGCUUUUUAUGUCCGGAUCUCGUAUGUAACAGUGUGUUUUUUUUUUUAAUUAAAAAAAGUUAAAAGUUCUAAGUUUUUUUUAAAUGAAAAUUGUUGGAAGUGGAUGCUUGACUUUUCCCGGGAUUGCUAUAGCAACGGAUGACGUCAAGUAACAAGUUCAGGGGCGGUUGGUGCAUUUUGGUUCAAUAAUCAUCCCUCGUGCUGCUUUGUUCCCGUCUCGUUUUUGUUUACGUUUCGGAUAAAAAGGGGCUGACCGAGCGGCGAGCGGCCCGAAUGCUGUUUUAUGGGGAAGUGCACUUACAGCAGUCAUGAGUUUGAUGGCGGUAGUCAAGUUCGGAUACACCAUAGUGGUGGUAUCCUUCCUGUUAAUGAUAUGGGCCUCCCUCGCAAGGGCGUUAGAAUUACACGUAGACACAGGUCAUCCACCAUGCCUGUUCCAAGCACUCUGCACUUGCUCCAAACCAGCUGGUGACCUCGGCAUCGUGACCUGCAAGUACGUGCCCAUCCUGCGAGUGCCAGCUGCAGUCAACAGCUCCAAGGUGUUUACGCUGCAACUCACUGGGAACAAGAUAAGAGAUCUAGAGCCUCAGUUCUUUCAGGCUACCGGUUUAUACAGGCUAGCAAUAAAUCAAAACCCACUGGAGAACAUCCAUGAAGAAGCAUUUUACGGACUCGACAACACGCUUUGGGAGUUGGAACUGAAGCAAGACAGACUGACGGAGGUGCCGAGCCGUGCUCUGCGAUACCUUCAGAAGUUGCGGCUGCUUGAUUUAACAGGAAAUGAAAUAACAGAUGUAACAGGGGACAACUGGCUAGGUCUAGAGAAUACCUUACAAACACUCAUCCUAGCUGACAACUCGAUAGCCAGUCUACCCCUCGAUGCGUUCUCUGGACUACCGAUGCUUGAAACAUUGGACUUACAUGGGAACCAUUUAUCUGUGAUCGACAGUGGGGUCUUUAGAGAUGGUAUGAGCAGACUGAGCAAGCUUCUCCUUGGAGACAAUCAGCUCACAUUGAUUCCUUACGAGGAGCUAUCCCCGCUGCGACUGUUACGUGUUUUGGAUCUUUCCAACAAUCUUAUCAAGCAAAUACCUCCAGCUCACGACUUGAAUGGUGUCAAACUGUCACUGGAUCUUUUGAAAUUGGAUGAGAACAAUAUAAGGGUUAUACUACCGGGCUCUUUUAAGCAUUUCAACGUUCUGAACACAACAACCCUGGAUGGAAAUCCAAUAUACUCGAUCAGAGAAGACGCGUUCCGCAAUGCAAAGAUCAAAACGUUAUCCCUCCGGGACUGCGGCAUCUCAGAUCUAUCUCCAGCAUCCUUCGCCGGCCUCGAGAAUAGCCUGCAAUAUCUAGAUCUUUCGGAGAAUAACUUGACAAUGAUUUCCAAAUUCAUGCUGAACAAAUUGGAUUCGUUGCGGUUCUUGAACCUGAGAGAGAAUAAGGUGGACACCAACUUAUUAGCAACGAACAGCCCACCAGAACAGUAUCAAUCACCAGCAGUUAAUCAUUUUCAAUACAAACUAUUCUUUUUGGACAUCAGCGGAUCUUCUUCUUUGGAAAUGAGCUUGCAAGACGUUCGGAGAAACCAGUCAGACAUUGAAUUUUGCCGCUAUCAAAGCAAGAUGCGCUCGCUUCGAUCCUUAUCAGUCAGUAAAUUAAUAAGACGAAGUAUAACUUCAGAAGAUUUUCUUGAAUUUGGUGUAGAUUUGGAAGAUCUAAGAAUCAUCGGGAGCACGGUCAAUCGAAUUGAAGCCAGUGCUUUUCAACACGUUCGUACGAUAAAAACGUUAGAACUCUCAGAAAACAAUAUCGAAUACAUUGAUCCAUAUGCAUUUGCUGAGUUACACAGCUUAACCACGUUAAAAAUGGCAAAUGGUUUGGCAGAUACAGUAAAAAUAUUACCAUUUGAACCAUUAAAAGCUCUAAUAGAGUUACAAAAUCUAGACAUGAGCAAUAACAAAUUAAAAAAUGUACCUGAUACUUCAUUCCACUUUUUGUAUAAAUUAAAAACUCUUAAUUUGCAAGACAACUUUAUUGAACACUUUUCCAAAGGAACUUUACAGACUGACAUACAUAAAGAGCUAGAAAGUGUGUGCCUGUCGUUAAAUCAAAUGCAAAGGAUUGACAUGCAUACUUUCGUGAACUUAAGAGAGCUGCAGGAAAUUUUGAUAGAGGACAAUUUGAUAGAAACUGUUCACAGAAGAUCAUUUACAAGUUUGGAUAAUUUGAAAGUAAUCAGGUUGAGAGGAAAUAUUAUUUCUGAAAUUAGCGAAGAGGCAUUUCAGAAUUUACCAGCUUUGAAAGAAUUGGAUAUUUCGUUUAACCAGUUAGAGACCUUUAAAUUCUCUAUAUUUGACCAAGUGGGAUCUGCUACGGCAUUGAAAGUCAACGUUUCGUACAACAGAAUAAUUGCACUGGCGGAUUCAAAUGCUCCCAGCUUUUAUUCGUCGAACUUCUACCCUCCACCUAAAGCGCAGAGAUUAGUAUCUGAGGAUCCCAGUCCUCUACGUAUAGAAAGAGGUCUCGGUACUGUGUCAGUUAAUAUUAGAGUCAUGGAUUUAUCACAUAACAACAUUUCUUACAUUGCACCUUACUACUUCAGACACGCAGAUUUAACCUUGUCAGAACUCUACUUGUCUCAUAAUUUGAUUAGAAACAUUACAAGGGAAGUUUUCGGCUCUAUGCUUAUGUUGCAAUACUUGGACUUGUCACAUAACCAAAUAUAUCAUAUGGAAUAUGAUUGUUUUAAGAAAGUGAGGAAUUUACAGAUUAUAGACCUAUCGCAUAAUUAUUUAAUCGAAAUGCCGGUAGAGGUAUUUCAUGACAUGCAUGGAUUGACUUCGGUAGAUCUUUCUGAUAAUAACAUAAGAAAUAUUGCGGAUAAUCUCAUUAUUUCACCGGCUUUAGAAAGGUUAGAUCUUUCUGAAAACGAACUGUCAAGAAUACCGACUAAUUGUCUAUCCCCUGCAGCGGCCAUUAAUUUGGUUGAACUAGACCUUAGUGGGAAUCAUAUACCAGCCGUGGCUAUUGCAGAUCUGGUCCAAAGAUUUAGACACGACUCGGGCGACUACUGGCCGGAGGAGCCCGACUACAGCGACGAAUACAUGUACCACACGGCUAGGCGAGAUCACACCAGGGUGUUCCACCAAAAAAAGCAAUACCCGCAGAAUAUAUUGUUUAAGUCUUUGGCCUGGUUGGAUCUCUCCGACAAUCAUUUGGUGCGAGUGGAAAGCGGUUCAUUUGCAGCAUUGCCUAGACUGCGCUGGUUGGAUCUAGGCAUGAAUACACCUUUCCAAAACGGUGAAAGAGGUGGAAGUAUCUUCAAAGGACUGGAAAGAAGGUUGUCACAUUUAGGCCUUAAGAACGUCAGUUUAACCAAUGUGCCAUCGAUGCCAUUACCGAAGCUAAAAAGUUUGGAUUUAUCAUACAAUAAUCUGCCAUCAGUCCCAACGGACAUAACAGCAAACUUAACUCGUCUUCGAGCCCUGGACCUCUCAUACAAUGAUUUGACAACCGUGCCUGUGGCAACUCACUCUUUAAGUGACCUCCGUUGGCUGUCUUUAUCUGGUAACCCUAUACCAGCUCUUAUGAACACGAGUAUGUAUGGAGUAUCACCACGCCUGGAAUAUCUUGACGUUACCCAUUUACGGUUAAAUAUUCUGGAGCAUGGCGUUUUCAGCAAAAUGUAUGGACUAAGAACCUUAAAAAUUUCUGUCAAUGGAAACAUCAGGGAUUUCAAUAUUCCCAGAAUCCUAACACAUAACUACGCUUUAGAAAAUCUAUACAUACAAGUGUCUAACAACCAAAUAGAUCUUGGCAAAGAAAUGAUUGGACAAUUGCCUUCCAAGCUGAACAAUAUUACCAUAACUGGAAAGGCUUUGAAGUUUCUUUCACAACAUGUUUUAAGCGGUGUCAUGUCCCAAACGAUGACGCUGACAAUUUUCAACACAAGCAUCGAGGAAAUUGAAGGCGAGAUAUUCUGGAGACCAGGUCGCAUUGAGAAUUUAACCCUGGACUUGAGAGACAAUUUAAUCACGAGAGCACCUAACCCUGCUAGAAAUGAAUGGCCUGGUGUUCCCAAUUCAGUGUUCCUGCAUGAUAUAUUUGUUGCGGGCAACCCUCUUUAUUGUGAUUGUCGUAUUGGGUGGAUUCAAGCGUGGGAUCGUAAGCGAAGACAAUAUCUAUGCGAGAGCCCAUCAGAAUGUGUAGCGACGAGAGAUGAUGUCCGUUUUGCAAAAUGCCCUUCACAUUACAACAGGACCUUUAGUGAUGUAAUUGCAAAAGAUCUAGAUUGCAGUUGGAGCAAAGGAUUUUGGGGAUCUCCUAACUUCUACGUUGUUAUACUAACGGCAGUUUUGACGUGCCUCUAUAUUUGAGGGUUAUUUUGGCUGUUUCGAAUCUCAGAAGAAUUUCACAUUGUUAUAGCAAAGGUGUAUGAAAGUAAUUAGACUUUGAAGUGUAACACAAGCAAGUAAAAUGAUUUUUAACUAAACCUGAUAAAUAAGAUCCAAAUUGUCAUCUCAAGUAAAAUAAAGUGAUUUCGAACAACUGCGGGGCGUCUAAGAGGACAUUUGAUUGAUAAAGAUUACAAAAUUAAUUUAACUAUAAUAUAAAGUAAGUCAAGUAAAGUUAAGUUUAGUUAAAAAUCUGCUUGAUAAAGAAAAUACUAAAGAAACAUGAGUGAGAUGGUGUAGUGAUAUCUCAUCAACUGCUUAUACUGUACCUGUCAAGUGGCCUACUCAGUAAUUUUGGGACGAUACUGAAUAGCCAAAUCCUAGUUAGUGUAGUGAUUUUGGAGGUAUUUGCUGUAAAGGUCGACUGUGAACUACGGAAGAUAUUCGUGUACGUUGCUACAAAAAGAGAGACUUGAUUGCAUAAAAUCACGUGGAAGUCUACUAAAUUGUGAUUUAUCAAUAUUCUGAAAGCGAUGUGUGAUCUCAAUGAAUUGUUUUACAAAGUUACCGUUUAAUAACAAAAAUUGGAUUAAUUUGUUUAAGUACCUUAUAGCUUCCCCACGGAGUAGCAAUAAAAUAGAUUAAAUUAUCAUUUUACUUAUUUAUGUAUUAAGGUUUUAAUUAUAUUUUACGUAUAAUCUUGCAAUUAAUAUGUGUAAUGUUUUAUACAAUGUAAGUAAAAUGAAGUAAGCAUUGUGAGUGAAGUGCACUUAAUGUGAUCUUACAGUCGCAAUUUGAACUUACAAGUUCACUAAAAGCAAUGACUUUCAUUAAAUUGUCUGAAUAGACUGCAUUCGCUCGAAUGACAUGUGUUCGUCCAUUGUUAAGAUUAAUAUUAUUUAUAUGUGUUUGUGUAUUAGAAUAAUCAUCACUCAUUAUUUCACCUAAAUUGUCAUUGGAUGUGAUUUUAUUUCUUAUUUAGUAGCUAACUUUGUUAAAACCAGACAUUGUGGCUAACGAUACUGUACACAAUCUCUUAACUAAAGUGACAGAUCAUGUGGAAAAACAUAGCAUUAGAUUUAGAACUGUCAAUUCAGUUUAGAGAUUAUAUUGUAAAACACAUUUAGCCUCAUUAUAAUUGUAGCUAUUUAAAGAGAAGUCCUUUUAUCUCAUCGUCAAACAUAAUAUUAUUUCAUAAAAUACGUAAACAUAAAUCUUUACCUAUACACUUUAUUGACAAAUUGUACUUUUACGCAGAGUUUAUCUUGAAUAAAAUUGCUUUUAACGUGUACGCUCUUUUUGAUUGUUUCUAUUUCAAAGUCUAUCUGGUUAUCUCUUUUGAAAAUAUUUUAUCAUCUAGGUAUGUUUCUACUUUAGUAGCUAUUAAUAUAAUGGAUAUUAUACAAAUCAUGCUGUAAUAUAUGUCAUUAAUUAGGAUUAUACUGACUGAAUUUGACUACUCCAGUUAUAAUACAUGUAUUUAGUGCUUAGUAACGUGGUUUUCGAUAUUUGUGACCACAUAUUAGUGUUUAAUAAUGAAACUUAAUUAUAUUUUCCUUUUGGUUAUGUUUUACGUCACUCAAAACAAUUUAAUAUCCUUACACAUUAUUAGUUUUUCAAUACAUUUUUGUCUCUAGCUAAAUGCAUGUUAGUCAGUAGCUUGAUUAAACUCUAAUAAAAUGGGUGAAUAAAUGGAAUACCUCUUUUCCAGUGGUCCAUAAUGAAUGGUGUCAGGCCUACAUGUUGAAUUUUGUUUUCAAUACCAUCAUAAAGCAUUGUUACAUUGUUUCAUGCAUUCAAAAUGUGCUUAAAUUUAAUGAAAUAUUACUUAUAAUAUUUACACAUUAGCAGUUAGUCUUAUGUUUUAGAUUUCAACAACAACAGAUCUAAUAUCUAAAUAAUUUGUAUCAUCGAUUGAUGCCUUUAUUAAAAAAUAUAUAAUUAUAUGAUUAGCAAUUACUAUUCUGGGCAAGAUUAUUUCGUAUGAAGUAUUCGUUUGUUUGCCAAACAGAAAUUAAUUGUAUUGCUGAUUGUGGUAAUGAAAACAAAACGUUAUCGUUUGUUGUGACAAUGAAUAUAUUUUGUGAUAUAACUUUAAUCCUUCUAUUUUUGAUAAGCCUACAAUGAAUAUUGCUAAUCUUUAUGGGAAUUGUAUAGCAGGAGAUAAAAUGGUUACUAAAAUAUAGUGGAUACAGCUUUUAAGAUUUUAGAUUCCUGAAUAGCAUGUCAAUUUUAUUGAAAUUGCCGAUUUGCUAAUUACAAAAAUCUUUAAAGAUAGGUACUUCAGUAACUGACUUUUACUAAACCAAAAAGUCAUAUGAAAGUUAAAAAUACAAUCAUAAAUUACAAUAUAAAUACAAAAGUAUUAAAUAAUGUUCGUAGGCGUACCUCAUUACUUCAACAAAUGAAUAAAAGUAAAAUUAAAUUCAGUGUUUGAGCUUAUAUAUAAAUAAGACAAUUUUGAAUCCAUUUACGUACAUAUGUGUAACAUUAUUAUUUUAGUUUUUAACUUACAAACAAACUCGGCAAUUUCAAGUAAUAUUACCUAGUUAGUAAUGGUUGCAACCAUGUACCAAAAAGUUCUAAUUUCUUAUCUAGUAUAGAAUUUAUUUCUCUUCAUUGAUACUUAUUCGUUUAAAGUAAGGCUUUAAUAUAAUUAAUUGUUUGAACAUGUUAUUUUAUAAGUUACGGUUUUUAUUUGAUUUUUCUUCGACACCAAGCUAUAUACUUGUUUAAAAUUUAAUUUGUUGUGAAGUAUAGAAUAUAUACUUUCGAUAUUUCCAUAUUAUUUUCAUACGCAAGAUCCGAAUGUGAUAGUAAUUAGCUAGUGCCAAUAAAUAGUUUAAAGUAAAUAAUGAAAUUUAAUAAUUUUAAAAUAUUUAAAAAUUACCACUAUAUUCUUUAUCAAAUACUCGGGAAAAAUAUUAUUUUUUCGAUAAAAACUGUCCGAGCAUUUUGUAUUUAAUCAUCUUGAAUGAGCUAAAUAAACACUAAUAUUAUAUUCUAAUAUAGUGGACUAUUAUUUGAUGAAUCAAGUGAAUACAUUUGGUAAAAUGGUACCAAAAUUUUUCAUGUUGCAAAACUGAACAAAAUCAGAAAACAGUUGAAGAGAAAAAAAAUUGCUAGCCGAAACAAAACAUCUAGUAAAAUAACUCAUCAACAAAACUGGGAUUAAAUACUUGAAGAUAUCAAUGAUAUGUACUUAAAUUUUAUCAUGUUUCAAAACUAUUGAUGCAUUUACAAAAAUGUUCAGGAAAAAUAAUAGCCACCCAAAAUAAAAUUCUAAAAAGUAAUGACUUGAGUCAUAUCAUAAAGAAAACUGAGAUAAAAUCUUCAAAUAUACCAGUGAUACUAGUUUUUCUUCGUGUAAUGAAAAAAUAGAUGGCCACUAAUGUAAUCCACUUACUUUUAAGAUGACGUAAUUAAAAAUACUUCUUAUAAUGCUUUACAUUUCUGCACUUCACAAACGCUAAAAGGUGCUUAACCAUUAAAGAGGAUCCAAAAAUAUGUUUUUGUGUUUUGUGUUUGAGAGAUAAAGCGUCUUGUUUUUUGGAGGCGGUAUUUCAAAAUUGUAUAUCAUGAUGUUUAUUAAAUGCUCGAGUUCCUAUCGAAAAAAUAAUAACUGAAUCUAUUACUUAUUAUUUAUUUAUUUAUAAUGCCUAUGAAUGUUGUAAAUAUUGAAGCUACCGAUGGAUAUUAGUCUCGAUGUGUCGAUGGGUUUGUCGUAAAUGUACCUUGAAAAGGAUUAGGGCAAGGAUUGUAAUGUCUUCACUACUUAAAACAACUUUUUAAAUAGUGUGAAUUUAAAAGUAAUCAUUGAAUUAUUAGCAUAUAAAUAAAUUAUUGAGUUAAUA